AUGCAAAGCUCGACGUUUACUGUAGCGCCUCAUGUGCUUGAACAGGCGUAUAAAGCCAUACGAACAUCUCCACCCGAGCCAAAGGAUAUUGAACAAUCAUUAAAGCUUCAAGCUUUUAUGGAAAAGAAUUUCCCGACGGAAUCAGACGUUAACAUCACACGACGGUCUUUAAUUUUAGCUGAAUUACGUUCGAUUUUCCGCCAAUGGGUGAAGCAGAUUUGUAUUACUAAAGGUGUUCCAGAAGAAAUGGCAGCAGAUGCUGGUGGUCAAAUUCUCGUCUCAGGCUCGUAUCGUCUUGGUGUGAAUGAACCAGGAGCUGAUAUUGAUACCAUUUGUGUCGCACCACGGCACGUAACACGCGAGGACUUUUUUUCCUCACUGAAAGAGAUUUUCCUGAAACAUCCUAAAGUAUCGCAUUUAAUGGCGAUUGAAGGUGCUGUGGUACCGAUUCUUACGUUUGAUUAUGAAGAGAUUAAUAUUGAUUUACAGAUUGCGAUUUUGCCACGGAAUUCGAUUCCUGAAAAUCUCAAUAUUUUAGAUAAUCAAGUACUUGUGGGUGUAGAUCCAGCUACGGAGAAAAGUCUGAAUGGUCCACGAGUUACCGAACUGAUGAUUAAAUUAACACCUAAUCGAGAGAGUUUUAUCAGUGUCUUACGGAUUGUAAGACGAUGGGCUAAGCGACGUGGACUGUACUCAAAUAAAAUGGGAUAUCUUGGAGGUGUCAAUUGGUGUAUUUUAGUCUGUUUCAUUAAUCAAUUGUACCCGACUGCAGCACCGUCGACGUUAUUACUGCGGUUUUUUAUGGUACUAAACAACUGGAAAUGGCCUCUUGCUAUUCAACUAUGCAAGACGCACGAUGCAAAUCUUGGACUAGAGGUCUGGAAUGCAAACGCGGGCCAUAAUCGAUAUCAAGUGAUGCCGAUUUUGACGCCGGCGUACCCGUCGAUGAACUCUUCGUUUAACGUAUCGACGCAUAGUCUGAUGGUGAUGAAGGAGGAGUUCAAACGUGGCUUGACAAUUGUGCAGGACGUGCUCAGCAAAGGUGGAUCGGAAUGGGGGCCGUUGUUUGAGCCUUCUGACUUCUUUGCUGUCCAUCAACAUUACCUAGCGGUCGAGGUGUACACGGAGAAGGAAGACGAGGAGCAAGCAUGGUGCGGGUUUUGUGAGUCUCGUUUGCGAAAGUUGGUCGAGUCUUUGGCGUACAACCCGCCGCUCUGCCGCUUACGCGCGUUUCCAACAAAGUUCCCUCUGAGUUUUGUAACGAGUGAUGAGGCGGCAGAAGGCGAGCAGCCCAAUGGUGAUACUUCUACGCAACGUCGCAAGUUUGGUGUAUGCUUUUAUGUGGGCUUCGAUGUUGACCGUCGCCAACUGCGCAGUCGUGAAGUGAGCAUUGACAACUCGGUGGAGUACUUUAAAAACAAUGAUCUUUACCGGUGGAACAAGCGCACCUCUACUAUGGAUGUAAGGGUUACUCCAGUUGUUUGGAAAUCUCUGCCUGAGAAUGUUUUCGAAGAGAUGGGCGGGCGAGCUGUUGCGCGUGUCGCUCGUCGUGAGUUUAUGAAGAAGAAGAGAGAAGAGGGAAAAAAGGCAGAAGAGGCUGCAGCACCGAGUCCUUUGCCGUCGGGUGAUGAGGGAACGCACUCGCAAGAUGGCGAGGACUUGUCAAGUAGUCAGAAGACGGAAUUACUUGCAACUGAGAUAGCCACCGGCAAAGGUAGCAUUUCACAGCCAGGAAGUCCUGAUCCUGCGGCAGACGGAGGCGAAGUUGCGGACUGCGAUGGUUCGGCUAACAACACCCCACUAAAGGUGAAGGAGGUGUUGUCGUCAGUAAUUACAGGUAAGCGUGGUCAUGAUGGCAAUAUUGUGGGCGAAAAUGGUAGUCCGGAGGGGAAAGUUUUGAAUGUUGCCCAGAAAUGUUCCACUACGUUGACUAACGGUGCGGCAGCUCGAGGGGCUGGUUCACAUUCCGUAAAGGCAGUGAAGAAGCCGUUGGAGGUGGCGACGGCUCCUGCCGUGGGGUCGCCGCGCAAGAGACGUAAAAUGAAAAUCACUUUUGCCAAACUGAAUUGA